UACAUGCUAACGCCGCUUCUGCACUGGCCUCGCUGCUGGUCCACAAUAGACGAGGCAUAUCGCAGCGGUUAACGCCUUAAACCCGCCGUUUACACGUCCACGGGGGAAGUCUCUUCGGCCUAACAGCUCUUUGUUUAAGCACCUAACUUUGCAAUGGGCAAAAAGUCUCGCGAAGAGGAAUCCUCAUCUGAUGAGGAAGAAUACGUCGUGGAGAAGGUGCUGGACAGGAGGGUGGUGAAAGGCAGGGUUGAGUUCUACCUCAAGUGGAAAGGAUACUCUGAGAAGCACAACACAUGGGAGCCGGAGAAGAACCUGGACUGCCCUGAGCUUAUUUCAGAGUUCAUGAAGACUUACAAAAAGGGCAGUGGUGGGAGUGCCACACCUAGCAGCGGGGCCAGUAAAUCAAGCACAGGCCCCUCUGGACGCUCCAAAGACUCCAGCAGCUCAAAAAAGAGGGCCUCAGAAGAAGAGGAUGAUGAGGACGAGGAGGAAGGUGCCAGUAAACCCAAGAAGAAGAAAGAGGAUGAAAUUCUAGUUGCACGUGGUUUUGAGAGGGGCCUUGAGCCAGAGAAGAUUAUUGGAGCAACCGAUUCAUGUGGCGAUCUAAUGUUCCUCAUGAAGUGGAAAGACUCUGAUGAGGCAGAUCUCGUGCUUGCCAAGGAGGCCAAUCAUAAGUGCCCGCAGAUCGUCAUAGCCUUCUAUGAGGAGCGUCUCACCUGGCAUGAAGACGGUGACAAGAAGGAGAAGGAUGCCGUCAGUGCGUGAGUGUAUCACCUUCAGAGGAAACCUCCACUGCAGGGACUACCUUAAGUCAGACAUUUUUCCACACCGAAACUCCCGUCCCUCACCUUUUUACCAUAUUCGGCGAUGACACAGACAGCAGACGCGGUUAUUGUUUUUUUUUUUGUUUUAUUUUUUUUCCAUCCAUGUCCCCCUGGAGCACAAUGGCCCCAACUGCUGAGAGGGAUCCAUCAUAUGGGAGAAGCUGUAGUGGAUGUGGGUGAUGGGGUGAUAUGCUACUGGGGAACGUUUCUACUGUUUUCUCUUUGUAUUCAUGAGCUUUCUUUAAAUAUGCUGUUUUAGUGCCGACGGGAUACAAUUAUCUCAGUAAGGAAAGUGUUAAAAUAAUAUUUGUGGUACAAACUGUUAUACUUUUUAAUGCCUGAAUUUUGUCUCAAUGUUGUUUUUAAUGCCCAACGUCUUUAUAAAAACAACAAAGUUAAGGCUGUAGUAUUGACGUUCAGGAAGUAACUGUUAAAACACUUUCCUGUCUGUAUAAUCGCAUCCUCUUUUUUUUUUUUUCUUUUUUUUACGU